UAAAAUGGCGACCUGCGCCGAAGAAAACUGUCACGACGACCCAAACUUUGCGGUGAUCUGUUCGUUUAUAUUGAAUUUCGGUGAAUUAUGUGGCGUAAACAUCUCCAUCUCCGAGCUGCAGUCUAUGCUGGAGGAUACCAAAAACGUGGACCAGACCCUGAUAGACCUGCAUGUUCACCUCCUGAGGAAAGCAAACCGGAGAGUGCAGCGAGACCGUUGGGAGAAAGCACUCAUCAAGUUCUGCCACCAGGGGUCCAAUGUCGAUGGCUGGGAGCUGGAGCGCUUUGGCUACCGCAAGGCCAAGCUGUCGGUGAAACUGGCCGUGCUCAAGCGAUUGCUCGAGUUGCAGUUUGACGCCAACAGCAAGUUCAAGGCGGAGCUCAACAAGCAGGAAGCAGACGUAUUGCGGCUGCAGCCCAUCGGGCGCGACGUACGCGGUCACCUCUACUGGCUGCACCGCGACCCACAACUGAACCUGCGUCUUUACCGUGAGCAUCCCGAUGAUGAACGCUCCUGGAUACUCAUCUCCCGGACGCGCGAUGAAUUGGCCAAGCUCAUUGCCGACCUCGAGGGCAGCUUCUCGGUGGUUAAGAAGGAGGAGAGCUCCUCCAUGGACAGCGAGACGGGUGAAAGCAACCUCACCGAGCCAGACUGUGCCAAGACAGAGGAAAAACCAGGCUCCGGGCUACCAGGUGAUGAAAAACCUGCAGUGACAGACACGGGGCAGCCGCCAUCAAUAAAGAAUGAAGAGCCUCACCACGAAGAAACUCUUUCCAUAACCCUCUCUGCAUCUGGUACCACAGACAAGACAACCUUCCCCAGGUUCGUCAUCAAAAAAGAGCCGCUAGAAAACAUCACCUUAGAAGAGACUUCAAAGUUGGAUAAGCAUGAAUCGCCGUCGGAGGGGGAAGUUGUCCACGUGAACAGCGAGAACGCCGAAGCAAGUGAAAAUGAUCUCUCCAAGCGCCCUCCAGGAGAAAGCCACCAGGAAUUGAAGAAGUCCACUCCACCUAGUGAGGACAGUGCAAAAGACAAGAGAGGUGACGGUGGCGGCAAAAGCAACAAACUAUCCGUAGCCGAGCAAAACAAUGCAGAGGACUUGUGUACACGGGCCUCAGCUGAAGACGGUGAAACCAAGCCGCCUACCAGGCCAUCAUCGCCACCACCACAAAACCAAGCACACACUUCUGGGAGUCGAACUGCGCCUCCACCGACCUACAAGCCAGCCGCCACUCACGGGUUUGGAAAUGCCAACGGUAAUGGCACGACGAUGGUGUCAGAAUCCCUUCCAUGUGACCUCUCAGUUGUCCACCGGGAGGAGUCGAACUCUUCCACAGGAGACCCACCCACAUCCUCAGAAGUGCUCCAAGCCGCAGAAGUCAGGCGAGUCGUCGACGUUGGCGCUGAGGACUUGCGAACCGGCGAUAAACCAGAGGAAGUGCACGUAUCCGAGAAGAACGGCCAGCCGGAGUCGCCAAGCAGCAUUCCAUAUGCGCACGAGGGAACUCGCCACACGCCAGUGGUGUCUUCAACGACAACGAACAUACGGCGGGUUGGCGCCAUGGAGCAGCCACUGGCACUCGACCUCACCAGGGUCCCGCCAGAAGCUUCUUCAGUCGAUGCGACGACGUCAGCUGUCUUGGCCUCCCAGGAUUUUUGCACAUCUGGCGACCUGCCGGGAGUUAGCAAACAAGACAAACCUGCGACCGCCCACGGGGCUUCCUCAAAGCCAUCUUCGUCGCUUGAAGACAAGGCAUCGGCUUUGCUAACCACUUCCAGCCCUUCUGCGAGCACGGGGGGUGUGGAAGCUUCUGUGCCUGGAUCCGAUAAUGUCACGUGUGCAACUGGUGCCAAAGCUGUGGUGCUUCCCAUGUCCUCCGGUGUUGGUGAAGGGAGUUUGCAGCCUAUUGCUGAUGCAGUGACUCCAAGGACACAUGGAAGUGCGGCAAUGUGUUCUAGCGGGGGUUCGGUGCCAUCAAGUAAUCAGCCUGAAUCUGCUAAGCCAACCAGGACAGAACAACAUAGGGAAAAGAAGGACCUUGCCAGCAUGGUAAAAAAACUAGCCAGUGGCGCAAAGUCUACUGAUGCGAAUUCCAAGAAGCUUGAUAGCAAACAUCCAUCUCCAGGGAGCAAAGGCUACUUGGGGGCAGACCACUCUGAACAUGGCUCAGUGGAGACACCCAGCAUUAAGGUAACUGAUGCAGUGGCUACCCCUGAAUCAAAAUCAUCGGCAGCUGCCCAACAUGUAGAGGAAGGUGCUAAGCUUUCGGCUGCAUCUGCUAGUGGAGAUGUUCGAGAGAAGGGAAGUACCGUCAUUACAGCAUUGGCUGCAGAAGCUAAAAGUGAGGGGAAGGAUGUUGCUAGUGAGAAAAUCACUGCUGGCAGCUCACCAUCGAAAGACGCUGAUGCAUCAGUCAAGACAAUGGGGGAAAAGACUAGUGCAGCCCAUGAAAAAGUGGCAGGAGGGGUCACUAAUUCCCCAAACACAGUUCUCUCAAAACCAGCCGAGCCACAGGCGGAUGCAAAUGCUCAAAGAAACUCUGAAUCUUCGCCAACAAGCUCGACUGCAAAGCCAUCGAAACCUCACCUACCUGAUGCAUGCAAGGAGCGCGCAGUGGCUGUUGAGAAAAGCUCAAGAAAAAGCAAAAAGCAACGGCAUAUUGAAAGAGUUAAAGAUAAAUCUCCAGACUCUCAACUGAUAGAUUCACCUACCAAUAAAGCGGCAUCAUCACCUUCAGAUGUACCGAGCAGAUGUGCCUCGGAAACGUUAAAGCCUGACGCUAAGAGGGUCCAUUGCGAACUGGAAGAGAAAAGUCAAACAAAGAAUGCAGCAGAGGAACUGCACGUGGUUGAUCCCAGUAGUGAAAAAGUAGAGACAGAAUCAGAAAAGAGCGUGUGCAAAGACUCGCCACGCAGCGAACAAGCUGUCGACGUGCAGUUGCCUACUCCCGAUCAAGGAGCCAGUGUAGGAGACAACAAAAGCACAGCGGAUUCAUCGAAGGUCGUGGCACCAGAGCUCAAGGCAGUUGGCAAAACUUUCGACUGCAAUAAAUCUGACCACGUAGAUGUCGGUGCAAGCAAGGUGACCUCGGAAUCUCCUCCGAGUACGAGUGUUUCGUCAUCUGGUGAGGAGGGUGGGAAGCAGAAAAGCAGUGUUACUACAGAUACAGGCAGUGAUAUGCCUAACUCAAGAAGUGCUAACAAAGAGCACUGUGAGGACACCUCAAAGAUAAGUACUUCUGGAAGUGCUGCGAAAGGCAAAGCUAGUGUGGAGAGCAGUAAGGUGUCUUCUCCCAGCACCCAGACUGAGGAUUCUGAGGAACAAAAAAGAAAGCAAGGAGACGUGGGUACCAGUAAAGCUGAAUCCAAAGCCACUCCUGAAGACCAACCCACAGUCAGGACACUGGGUGAAAGCAGUGUAGAGACCAAAAGUACAGCUGAUGAUGAGGUUGCACGAGAACCUCAGUCUGAAAAAGUAUGCAACAAGGAAGCCACAGUGCAGGAGAAGGCUAUGCAAGCAGAACAUAAAGAAGAUCCUCAGGUGAAACACGCUGGUAGUGGUGACACGGUGACGCCUGAAGGAAAGACCAGCGGUGAUGCCACUUUGGUAAAAAAGAGGAGAGGCAGGACACUGUCAUCGUGCGUUGCAGAUUUAAAGAAAGGCAAAAGGCAGAGAAGAGGGCAACAGGACAGCGAUGGUUGCAGUGACCGAAAGGCAGCAGGUGAAUUGAAGAGUGACGCUCCACCACCAUCUGUGUGUGAUACUGUGAAGGCUGGUUCACCUGAGGCACCUCCUGGGAAGACAUCCAUAGAAUCUAGCAAGGAGCAGCUUGUGUCUAGUAAUUGUACAAAGGCAAAAGAAAGCGAAAGUGAUAUUCCAGCUUUAAGCAGUGAUGCUGUGGAGGGUGAUAAAGAGAAGGCAAUGGACACUAUUGUGGAUGCCACACCCAAAACUGAGAGCAGCACCAAACAGCCUAGUGAAACCGAAGGCGCUCGGGAUUGCGGUGUCGAAAUUGGUCACCAAGACGCAGACAGCACUGACAAACCGGUGGUGGCAGACGCAAAGAAUGAACCCAAGAGCAGAUCGAAGGGUGAACAGGGCUCCAGGGCCUCAACAAGACUCAGAGGAGAUGCCACAGCGAAGAGGGACAAGGCAAAGACACCCAGCGACGAGAGCAUCACUCAUUCCACAGCUGCCGAGCACAGCGAGGGAGCCAAGGAUGGAGCUGUCAUGGACGAUCCUCCACUUUCUACCAUGAACAAGACAGAGCCAACAUCAGUAGUAUGCGAAGGCUCUACGGCAACACCCCGUGAUGAGGAAGCAGUUGAUGCUUUACAGGCACCCGCUGAGCUUUUGCAGGACACUCCAUCGGGAGCUAGGAAGCGGGGCGGCUUCCGAGGCCGCGGAGGUCGCGGGAGAGGUCGGGGUAGGGGUCGUGCUGGCCGCUGGAGCCACACAAAGCGGCGCGUUCGGCCGCCGGAAGGGCCCUCGCCCAAGAAACCCCGUGAGGAAGGAGACAAAGAUGCCGGUAUCAACGGCGACGCUGCGACACCCGCAGAAGGUGAACCCGCCCCAGCAGCUGCCUCUGCCUUUAGGGGCAGUGGCAGGGGCAGGUCGCGGGGAGGUCGGGGCAGGGGCCGCGGCGCUUCAAGGGGUAGGGGUCGCGGCCUGGCCAGAGAGCUGGGUGCUGCAGCGGCCUGCCUCCUGGGAGCACCGGAAGGCGAGCCACCAGAUGAGGACAGCCAGGGCCGCCGUCGGAGUUCGCGUAUCCAGCGGGAGCAGGAAAAGCGGCUGUCAGAGCUGGCUCAGCAGAUGGCUCUGGAACAGCAGCUGGAGGAGACCAUUUUGCAGGAAGAGGCUGCCGCCAAGGGGAAGACAGCAGUCACCAAGAGCCCCAAGAAGCGGAGCCGUCAAGCUGACAAGGAUUAUGUUCCUCCAGAGAAGAACAAACGGAGGUCGAAGAAGGCCGAGGCCCACCAAGGCACCCAGGGCUCGGCCAAGCGCGGUGGCAAGGGCCGUGCGGGGGACGAGCAGGAGGAGGAAGACGAGGCCAAGGGCCGCAAGGCGAUGAAGAAAAGGAAGAAAAAGAAGCGGCGCCGCGGUGGAAAGCAUGGCGGUGGCGGCUCCGGGGUGAAUGGCACAUACCGGCGCCGGGCACACCACAACCCCUGGGAGGCGUCGUCGGACUCGGACUCGUCCUCACAGCUCGAGGAUGAGGAGGAGCCCUACGAGGAAGAGGCCUAUGAGGAAGACGAGGAACUACACUUUGACGACAACGAGGACGAGUUUGCCUGCGAAGAGGUGGACCCCAACGCAGAGGUGGUGGUAGUCAAGAGAGCGCGCACUGUCAAAAAAGCACGCACGGAAGAGGAGAAGGAGGCCAGCGGCAGCAGUGGAGGAGAGGAGAGCGAGCAGGAGCAGGAUGAGAAGCCCUGCGCCAAGUGCGGCAAGGGGGACCACCCAGAAUGGAUCCUGCUGUGUGACGUAUGUGACGCUGGCUACCACACCUCCUGCCUCAAGCCUGCGCUGAUGAUCAUCCCGGACGGCGACUGGUACUGCCCACCCUGUGAUCAUAAGAAGCUGUGCGAGAAGCUGAUGGAGGAGCUCAAACUGUAUGACCAACUCUCCAAGAAGAGGGACCGAGAAGAGCUGAGAAAGCAGAGGCUGGCUUAUGUGGGGAUCAGCUUGGACAACGUGCUGAAACCGGAGAAGAAGGAGGAAGAGGAGUCUGCAGUUGAGGAGGAAGAGGAGGAGGAAGAAGAAGAGGAGGAAGACAGCCGGAAGCACCUGCUGUUGACCAAGCGGUCAUCACGCAAGCGCAAGACCAUCAGCUAUCAGUUCAAGGAGUACGACGAGAUGAUAUUGCAGGCCGUGCAGCCGGACCUUGUGGCCGUGGAAGAGUGUGCCAAGCCGGCACGGGUUCCAGGGGUGAGCCGGGGCAAGGACAUGUCCAACCUUCUGGGCCCGGACGAUGAGGAAGAAGAGGAAGAGGGCAAGGAUGAGGACGGAGACGACGAAGACUACGAGGACGGGGAACGGCAUGCAGCCGCGGGAGGCAAGAAACGGAAGCGAGGCCGCAAGCUCACCAGCCUCGAUUUCACGUCUGAAGAGGAGGGAGACGACGAAACUGACGAGUACCAGGGCUCCAGUGCAAGCCAGUCGGAGGCGAGUGCGUCGACUGUGAUGAGCGACGGCCCUCCGUCGUCAGGUUCAGACUGGCAAGCCGGCUCAAGGCGUCGACGUCGUGGAGGGGGCGCACCUGCUCGCAAGAAGGGCAAGACUACCCGCUCUGGCUACCGCCGAGACGACUUCGUAAUGGACGACGACUACGAGUCGGACAGUGAUGGUGGCUACGGUGCCAGACGUGCAGCUACCAAGCAAGUCAACUACCGGGAGCUAUCGUCUGAUGACGAAGAGGCUCCCCCCAUAAAGAAGAGCAGUUCCAGGCGACGCCAGGCCAGAAGCAGCUCUGAGAGCGACAAGGAGUGGCGCUGCGGCAAAAAGCGGAAAGGCAAGGGCAGGCGCACCUGGCGAGCCAGCUCCACAUCCGAGGAGGAGGACGCCGAGUUCACCGUGGAGGAGAGCUCCGACGACAAUCGCAGGCGCAAGGCAGCCAAGCGUCAACCACGUUCCUCCGAGGAGGAAGAAGAAGGCCCCAGCGAGGAAGAUGACAGCAGCACCGAGAAGAAGAAGACGAAGAAGGCCUUGAAGUCGCAGAAAGAGACCAGCAAAUCUGAAAAGGAGAAGCCGCCACUACAGAAGUCAAAGAAGCAGCUGCAGAGCAGCUCGGAGGAUGAAGAGACUGACGAGACCGAGAGCGAGGAAGAAGACGAAAACGAGAGCAGCGACGCCCCCUCCGAUGAUGGAGAAAGGAAGUUUGCCAAGAACCGCCGCAUUAUUCGAUCAGACGACGAAAGUGAUGAAGGGGAGAAGGCCAAGGAAGCGGCAGAUCCAAAGGCAACCACCGCUGGCAGCAAAGAGCCACUGCAACAAACUCCUUGCAAUACAGAGGCAGCUGAUGUGAAAAAGCCUGCAGUAGCCUGCACAGAGGCUGCUGCCGCGAAACACCCUGCUCUGGAGCGUCCUGUUCCUUUACAGCCUAAUCCUCCCCAGGACAGUGCCCCUCCUGUUGACACAAACAGCAGGCCAGUGGCGGCUAUGAGACAAGGCUCCCCCAACUUGGGCCGACACCUUCUAACAGUUCCAGAAGCCUCCCGCAGUGUUUCCUCUUCCCCAAUGCGAGCAGCCGGUGACGAGAAGGGCUUCCCAGAAGACGAAGAGGAGGAAGACUCUAACAAGGGCUUUCCACCUGAAGAGGAAGAUCUGGAGGAGAAAGGGUUUCCAGAAGAACCGCUGCCACAUCCAGUCCCGCCCACAGGCAGUAGCAGGGGAAUUGCGCCACCACCAGGCCACUAUCCAUCGGUUCGGCCACCGUACCCUUACAUGGGUCCCAGGCCACCGUAUGGGCCACAGGACCCGUACGGCGACUGCGUGCCCAUGGAUGGCGCCUAUGGGAGGCCACUUGCACCGACUCCAGUCGACCCAUACACACGUGGAUCACCCAGUCCUCCCCAGUUCACCAGCCUCGACACUCCGCUUCCUCCACACCCGCCGCCGCCGCCGCCCCACGGUCGUGGUCGCCAUCUGACGCCUCUGGAGGGAGGCCAGUAUCGGGACCAGUACCGGCCUCCCGACACUUACCAGCCGCCACCCGGUUACUACGGUGGAGGACCUCCGCCACUCCCUCCUGCGGGCCCACACAGUCCUUACCGAUACCCGCAUCACCAUCCGCCUCCAUCGGGGUACCCGCACCCGCAUCCUGGUUACUACAAUCGGCCACCCGGCUAUUACGGACCACCCCCUCCUCCAGAGGAAGGCGGCUAUGGGCCGCCCCCUCCUCACCAUCCCCCGCCGCCGCCACCACCCCAAGGCAGUUCCUACUCGGAAGGCCCCCCAGGCCCUGACCAGCCUCAGUGGGGGGCGGGACCUCCCCCUCCCUCUGGCGCAACUCCACAGGGCCAGGACGGCGGCUUCACCAUUACCAAUAUUCUCCGGCAACGGAACACCGGUGACGGAGAAGAAGACGAGCUGAAGAGCGUGACAGACAUUGUGUCGUACAUCACCCAAGAGUAGCAUGACAGAACUCAUCGUUCUCCACUGUGACAGGAGUGCACCUUUAUCUUGCGUCGCCAUGUGGUGCACGUGCAUUCAUUUUAGAUUUUUCUCACCGACUGUGAACAUUAUGGAGCAGCGGUGUCUUCUGCGUAUGGUUGGCUGGCUGGCCCUUCCCUCGUGUGUGUGUGUGCGUGAGUGUGUGUGCGUAUGUGUGGGUGGGUGGUCCAGGUGCAAAGCUGAAGUGUGGUGCGUGCACUCGUGUGGAUUGAGAGAGUCAAGGAUUGCAUUUGGCAUGCGCAUUUUGUGUGCCAACUCGCUCUGAACUCCCUCGCUGUCUGAGCAUUUUGGCACAUUUGUGGUAAGUGCUUCGACAAAGGUGGAGGAGUGCCUAGAAAUGCGGUCCGUCAGCCUGCCUCGCUGUUGCCUGGCGGUUGUCUUCCCUUGAGACAUGGGCUACUCUGCAGUUAUGCAGAGAAAUCGAAGGGGGUAUUGUAAACGGGGUCGAAGGCACGUGUUCUUGAGUCUGUGUGCUUUUUACAGGGAGUAAAAGAAAUGACGUUAUGUGUGCCGAGCUCAACUGUUGCCGCAUGCAAGCCGUGGCAGCUGCAGUGCUUCUCAAAAUUAAUAUUGUUUUCCUGUUAGACUGUGAGCCAUGUGAGUCUUGUUUUCCUUUGAUUUUAGUAUUGGCAAAUGGAAGAACACGGAAUAAACGAAAAACAGUUCUUAGUGCUAGUCCCAUUCCCGUGCGCAUUAUGCUCAACAAGCAUUUUCUGCAUAGUGCAAGAUAUUGCUUUUAACUUUUCAGUGAAGCUUAAAACACAUCCUUGCUAACUGUUGCAUUCCAAGGCAUCAAGCUGCACCUACCAAGAGGUUGAUCUGAUGUCUACUGCCCACAUUGCAAAUUCAGUAGUGAACAAGCAGGUUGUGGACAACUCUGGCCAAUUCUGAAUGUACUGGUGCAGCAAUGGUUUUGUGUGUUUGUUUCCAAUCGGAGGACUCCAAAGAACCACUAAAGAGCAUAAUGUUGUUCCACGCGUGUUUUUCGUAGGCCUCUUGUGUGCUGUGUUUCUAAGUCUGGCAAGUAGCAAGCUAGAAAUGUAUAGCAGUGCUCUUUUUUUUUUUUUUCAAUUAUGACAUCGUACUAGCUCGCCUGUUGAUGGUCCUACUGCGGGGCAGUGCUCUUUUGUAGUUCACAUUUACAGCUACCACUUAACUUCUGUUCUUCUAUGAAGGUGCAUGCCAUUGGUGGGAGCAAUUGAAGAAGAGACUAGCCAAAAUUGUGUUUUCAAACGCCUGCUUGGCUUCAAAUCCAGACACUGUGGUAGCGUGUCUGUGGUGCUCUGUGGUACACUUGGGUAAGCUUGCUUCUGGUCCGCGGCAGCAUGUGCAGUGGUCAGUGACCACCGUUGCAAGUCACUACAUCACCCAGUUUCUUUUGCAUGCUGAGCUUGUGGGGUAUUUAUUGAGGCACCGCUGAAAGUUCAUUGAUUCCACUGCAGUAUGAUCUGGCGUGAUCCUUCUGCAUUCUCGUGCAACGUGCGGUCAUGACCUUUCUGCUUCAUGAAGUUGUUUCACACUUUACGAGGUAGCAGUGGUGUUCAGGUGCAGUGACUCACUCUUGUCACCCUACACCACUUCUAAAGAGGUAACGUAGGAACUGCCGAUUCUUUGUCAUUGGUGGUGCUUCGAUGCCUGUAGCGCUGCCCGAGUAAGGAAAACUGGUUGACAAAAAAGGCUAAGACUCGUGGCCUUGUAAGGCAGUGUGCAGAUAACAUCCUUGGCACAGGUGAAUGUUAACCCCUGGCUGCUAUCCUCUUGGUCUAACUUCCGUGGUACACUGUGGUCGAGGCUAGCUGCAAGAAAUGCCAUACAGAGAAUGGCUUUUCUGCGUAGCAUAUUUUGAAGGAAGAAGUGAUUGCUCAACUGGUUGUAUGGGAAAUCACAUGUGGGGGAACUACGUGACCUGGAGUGAGAAUGAAUUUUGCGAAAUGCGUUCAAGUAACUUUAUAGGGAUCUGUUGUUUUAGAGGUUAAGCUUAAAAAAAUAACGAGAGACUUCAUGGCUUUACCAUCACAAACAUUUAAUCUUGCUGCAUGAUGUCGAUUUCCGGCAGGUUAGAUGUUGCAACAAUAUGUGAUGUGAAGCAGUCUGGACAAAAAUAAAAGCACAGGUGUUUAAUAAAUCUUCUCACUCUUGGAAACAUUGUCUGGGGAGGGAGGUUCAGCAUGCAUACACCACAGCUUGUAUGUUGCUACUUAAAAAAUGUUGAGCCAUGUGUAGGUAUGAAGCCAAGACGUACAUUGUCAGCUGGCAACUCUUAUUUUUACUGCUGUUUAAAGCACAAAAUAUUUUUGCGAUGUUGUAGUGCAUGUUGUUGAUGCAUAUUGAGCAAAUAUUACACUUUUAAAAUUCAUUCUCUUUUCUGUUUUAUCAUGAUGACCCAGGAUUCUAGAACAAAGGAAUAGAAAAACUCGUGAAAUUGUGCUGCCAGAGUGUUAUGCCUGCAGUUGCAUUUGCGUGUGCCUCAUUUAUGCUUCUGUUGGCGUGUGCCUUCCCACAAAAAUUUUUGGAAUGCAGAACACUGAAAAAAAAAAAACUGAAUUACUUUGUAUUUAUAGUAGGGGUGUGCGACUAUUCGAAUAUUAUUGAAUAUUAUAUUUUUACUAUUCAAUUCAAAAACAAGGUAUUCGAAAAUUUUCGAAUAUUGGAUUACGUACGAAUAUUCGAAAACAAAUCUAAUAUAUUGCUGGCUGUGCGAGAGCAAACAUGGUCCUUAGCAUGCAUUUCUAUCUAAUCUAGGAGAGUGUGUGUGAUUUGUGCUGAAUUUUGCGAUAAUUUCGAUCUGCUGGCAAAAUUUCGCCUGUAAAGCAUGCUUAGCCACUUGCCAUCUAAGCUUUGUAGAAAAGCCAGCCUCUCAGUAGCAAGGGCCACGGCUUUGUGAACAGCGAGGGUGCACUAUUUUGCAGGUUCCAUCCCCAAUCCUGAGCCUAUUGCUUGACAGCAAAUGCAAUGAGUAACGACUGGCACAGGGUUAAAUGCCUCUGAGUUUACAGGAAGUUGAUCUGGUAUAAUAAGGCACAGGUCGGCAAGAACAGACAGCUAGCAGAAAUUAUUCAAUUUUGCAAAGCUAACAUGGGCCAAAUACACAAUCCUUUAGUGUAACAGCUUACUAGUUAAGUUUUUUUACCAAUGACAAUGUGAUCGCACUGUUCCAACAUGUUAAGGUAAACCGACUUGCUAAUAAAUCCGUGUGCAUAUUGUCAUUCAAUAUUCAAUGCUAAGUAUUCGUAUUACAUUCGUGUUCGACAAUUUUGAUAUUCGCACGCCCCUAAUUUAUAGCAUUGAUAAUGCGGCAGAAGUUACUGCAUAGACAAGUCAGUGGUAAUUUGGGCUGCCUACUCGGUCAGUAAGAGAAAAGUAAUGGAACGUGAAACAGACGACAAUCGCAGCACACGUGUUCGUCAUCUCCAUGUAUUGUAAGUCGCAGAGAUACCCGGGUACUGCAUCUUGGUGUACGCUUAAGUGGGGAAAGAGUUCAGCUUUUUUAAAAGCAACCGCCACAUUCCAAAAAGCUUUGUGGCCAGGCAUGCUGUGCUGUUUUAAGAAAUGCCUGCAUAUUUUGUACAUACCAUCUUAAGUUAUGCCUACAUAUAUCUUUUUUUAUUAGAUGCAAUAUGUUGCUGUUUAUGUGUCUGGUCCAUGUCACAGGUUGCUGGUGCUGCUGCAGUGGUUAAUGAUUUCUCGCAUACAAUUUUUUGACAACAGUGUCAUCGCAAGCCCUUCUGCAUGUCACUGCAGCACCAACAGCAGCCUGUGGAGUGCACGGCAGUGAGAAACAGUUUAUUGAGUGUGGCAGGGCUUUGGGUAACUCGUGCACAGGGGCAUGACUAUGUAUGUGUGUGUUGCUGAUACUGCGUAGUAUGCCAAUUCAACAGGUUGCAAAACAAAUUCUGCCAAGCGUGAUAAAUUCUCUUUGCGCUCCUUGUCUUGCUGACCUGCUGAAUUUGGUGUAAUUGCUUUCUCUUAGGCUUGUGUGAAUAUUUGAUAUUUUCGAAUAAUUGAUCGAAUAUUGUGCUAUUCAAUAUUGGCUUCGAUUUCGAUUUCAGUAUAUAAAAUUUUCUAUGUAUUCGAAACGAAUUAAUAGGUGGUGUCCGAAUUAAUGCCCAAGUGGCAGUCGCCCUGUGGAUAACAAAUGCAGAUCUCGAAGGCUAUGCAUUUGCUGGUUGCAUGCAGCAAAAGUGAUUGCGGCAGCCGGAAACACGUUAAAGAGUUUUGUACGCCACUUAUAUGAAGUUUAAUGUAUGGUCGAUCAGCCUUUCUGCAAAUUGCAUUGGCAUUAACAUGGCUUAUGGUCAAGACAAGCCAAAGACAAAGAAUUCGUUUACAGUCGCUGACCGAUUUUUUAACCUGCUAGGUUACAAGGAUGCUUGCGGCACAGCCACCUUCUCUGUUGGACUAACGUACAGCAGUGAGUGAGUAUAGCUGAAGUUUAACACGCUGCACAUAAAUUUUUGGAACACGAUUCGCACACGCCGUGAUGUUAGAAAAAUUGUUUGUGAAAAAUGUUGCUGCCAUCAAGGUUAUGCUCUUGCUUUCGUCAUUGAGGUGUUUUCUCAGCUUUCUGGGAGUCACACAGCUGCUGCAAAUAGGUCUGAGUCGACUUGGUACCAAGCCAUAACUUUGGUUCCUGAUGACCAGCGAAGCAGUACUGGUUAGGCCUAACAGCUGAGACAGCGCCGUCGUGACAAAAAUAACCCGUUGCCCUGCUUGUUGGCAAGCGACAAAUUGUUGCAACAAGUUUACCUACCGCUCGUUGGGUGGCUGGUUGUUGAUCGGGCUAAGCUCACAUGUAGUCAGACAGCAGCGAGCUGAAUUCGCACAACAUUGCCUAAACUGCCAGUGGCAAGCGAACAUGAACCUCUCCUGCAGCCUUAACGGUCGUCAAAUUUCAAAUAGGCAAAAUUUCUGAGCAAAAGUUCGUAAACAAAUUCUCUGUACUGCUGGCAUUGCACUUCUCAAUCUUUGCAUAAAAAUAUCCGAAUAACAGCACUACAAAAGAUUGAUCCCAGAGAUAUCAUCCUUGCAAAUACCUCAUGUAUAUAUAUAUAUUGACCCUUCUCGCGGCAAUCCUGUGGGCGCUGCCAUGUUUGAUCACGUGGUGACACGUCCAUUGCUUGCCUCAACUGCCUCCGUGUUUACAAUGGGUGUGUAUGACGCCGGUGCGGCUUAGCAAACCUUUUGUUUGGGAGAUAUCGUAGACGGUGACUGGGUGGAUGACAUGAAACAUUGGCCGCAGCUUCAGAGAACAUGCAAAAGCACUUUAGAAGCUGAUUAAGCUAUGUCCAAACGGCGCAAAGCGUAUAUGGUGCUUGUUUUAAAAGCGAGGCUAAACACACAUUCCAAGCUAUUCAAACUUUCUGAUCAUGAAUUGAAUAAGGAUUAGUGUGUUUUGCUCUUCGUUCCUUAUAUGGCAAAUAUUUUGAAGCAUCAGCUUGUCACAUUUCUGACUCAGCAGAUUUCCUCGAUGUGUUCACUGUCUUAUUAUUUUCUGACUAAUCACUCACAGGUGUGCUCAGAUCUGAUAGAUUUGUUCUUGCUGUGCACAAGACUUGAAAUGUAGCUGUUUUGUACAUAGUUAUACCUUGUAGGAAAGAUGUAUUAUCGCUAGUAGCUCACUUAUCCUUGUGGACCAUCACAAAACAUUCAUCUUCGACGAUUCGUGCGCUAUUGGUGUAGUCCGUCAUUUAUUGCGAAUACCUGGUGCGCAUAUAUUCAAGUGUGCGCCCGCUCACUUAUCAACACAUUGACGAUAGAGUGGGCGUAAGUUUCCGUGCCAGUUGGGGUAGAUGUGUGUAGAUACUGCACAUGACAGUUACUAUCACAGGAAGUGACAGUACUCCCCUUGUCAUUGUGCUGCGAAAACACCCGUGUACUUAGAUUUAGGUGCACGUUAAAGAACCCCAGGUGGUCGAAAUUUCCGGAGUCCUCCACUACGGCGUGCCUCAUAAUCAGAAAGUGGUUUCGGCACGUAAAACCACAUAAUUUAAUUAUUUUUUUUGUCAUUGUUUAAUGAGCGGUACUCACUGUCGCCAACAUUCUGGGACUGAAGCACUUUCUUCGAAGGUCAGUGAUACGACACUGGCAAAUGAGCAAUUUUCUGUACCUCAAGAAAAGCCGUAUGUUUUGGAAGAGCCGGUUACACGUACGGAUAGACACAGCAGCGGUCUUCGAAUUUGACCACACAGAUUCAUUCCAUUCCUUAAUAUGCCAGUCACUAUUUUUGCAGCCAACUACUGCACACAUCUUCAUCCACAUGAUUCAGUCCAGCAUGAUUAGAGCACAGUGCAUUAGCAAAAACUAAUUUGCAUUUCUUACAGCUGAUCACACAGAGGCAACGUCAAAGCGGUAAUGGUUUCAGAUUUGUGUGCUGUCGUUGAGGCCACGUGCAGUGUGCCACCGGAAGCGCCAUCUCAUUUCUCUAGAACUGCUCUGCGAAAAGGGUCAAUAUAUGUAUAUAUAUAUAUUUGUCAAAUUGUGACUCUUGUAUAAGGGUUUUAUGCAAAUUGCACAACUGUUCAAACUGGUCACUUCAAAAUUAUUGCUAUUUGCUUCAACUUCACUUUGAACCCAAACAUUUAUAUUCACGCAAGCCUACUUUCCUUUUUUUGUUUUUCCAAAAGCAGGCUGCAUUUUAUUUUUAUUUUUUUCCUCACUUCUGUGACUAUCUGUCUGCAUUUCUUAAUCUUGGUGGACACCUGGCAGCAAGAGUGACAAACAUGCAGCAAAGUGGGUUUCACUGGGAAGGGCAACAAAUACAUCUCAUUUACGUCUUCAAAAUUUGGUGUCUCGCAUGUGAUGGCCACACUGCCACCAUAGGCAUAUGUGACCCCAACACUGUACAGUCAUUUCAUCUCUCCAUCAACGGGAAAGCUUGGUCACGGUUUCCUUGGCGGGCCUCAUUGCUCGCUGCUGUAAGAAAGCUUUUUGUACAUAGACGUUUUGUCCAAACCGUGUAACCAAAGGCGUGUGUCAUUAAAAAAAGAACAUCUUUCUUUUUUUUUCC